UUUGUUUGGUUGGUAGUGUGUGUCGAUGAUUCAUGAGGAAUUGGAUGAGCAUGGGAGGCAUGGCGAUAGGAAUAGCAGCAAACACCACUGUUGUUGUUGUUGCACCCAUUCACAAAAUCAUCCCAUUCUCUCUCACCAGAACGACGACGCCGUUUCUCAUUUCUAUUCUCACUCCCCGUCGCCGCUUCUUUUCUGCUUCUUCCGUUACUUCUUUAACUGCUGAACACAACUUCUCUGAUUUCGGAGAUGGUCACUGCGUUGCAAUUUCAAGCAAAGGUUCAAAGAUGCUUCUUAAAGGGAUGACUUACACUGAGCUUGAAAAAUGGGUUCAAUCACAUGGAUACAGGCCUGGGCAGGCUAUGAUGUUAUGGAAGCGUAUGUAUGGAAACAACAUUUGGGCCCAUCAUAUUGAUGAGUUGGAAGGUUUGAACAAAGAUUUCAAGAAGAUGCUGAGUGAAAAUGCCGAGUUCAAAGCACUUGCUCUGAAAGAAAUUCGCGCAGCGUCUGAUGGAACUAGGAAGAUUUUAUUCACAUUGGAUGAUGGGUUGGUCAUAGAAACAGUUGUCAUACCUUGUGAUAGAGGCAGGACUACUGUGUGUGUUUCGAGUCAAGUCGGAUGUGCAAUGAACUGUCAAUUUUGCUAUACUGGAAGGAUGGGUCUUAGGAGACAUCUUACUGCGGCAGAGAUAGUAGAGCAAGCUGUUUUUGCCAGACGGCUGCUCACAAGUGAAGUUGGCUCCAUCACAAAUGUUGUCUUUAUGGGCAUGGGGGAACCACUUCAUAACAUUGAUAAUGUCAUUAAAGCUGCAGACAUUAUGGUGGAUGAGCAAGGACUUCAUUUCAGCCCCCGCAAGGUUACUGUUUCAACCAGUGGGCUUGUUCCGCAGCUGAAACGUUUCCUUGUUGAAUCCAACUGUGCAUUAGCUGUUAGUUUAAAUGCAACUACUGAUGAGGUUAGAAACUGGAUCAUGCCUAUAAAUCGAAAGUAUAAACUGGACUUGCUUCUUGAGACACUUCGGGAGGAGCUUUGCUUCAAACACAACUAUAAAGUUCUAUUUGAGUAUGUGAUGCUUGAAGGAAUUAAUGACAGCAAUGAAGACGCAAAGAGGCUUGUGGAGCUUGUGAAGGGCAUUCCUUGCAAGAUUAAUCUCAUCUCAUUCAAUCCGCAUAGUGGAUCAUUCUUCAGACCAACCAAAGAAGAAAGGAUGAUUGAAUUCCGAAAUACAUUGGCUGGGGCAGGUUGCACUGUCUUUUUACGACUCAGUAGAGGAGAUGAUCAGAUGGCUGCAUGUGGUCAAUUAGGUAAGCCUGGCACCAUUCAAGCUCCAUUGCUCCGUGUACCACACCAAUUCCAAAUGGCACUUGAAAGUUCUGUGUGAUUCCUUGUAGAGAGACGUUCAGCUACAAGUUGGUCCAACAGUUACUAAGUAAUUCCAUAGGGCACUUGUGAGUGGGAUAGGGUGGCCAUUGUUGUUUCAAUAUUUAGAAUGCAAGACCUGAAACCUAAACAAGGAAAAUAUCUGUCCGUUUCCAUGUUUCACUACCCCAUUUUACUAUUAAUUGACAUUUUUUGGUAAACGUGAAGGAUCCAAAUUCCUUGAGUUCUCUGAUUUUUACAUGAAAUAGAAGCCAGAA